AUGUGGGAAUUUCUAAUUCCGAAGGCUAAACAAGCAUCACACCACCGACAUGAUAUACCCCACCGGAGCGUUCUAAAAGCGAGCUUUGAUAGCAGUUCUAAGACAGUAUGCGUUGCAUACGUUGACAAAAAGAAGAAGCGCCAUAAAUUGGUUAUUCUUGAAGGAGCAGUUAGAGAAGAAGAGGCAUCCUUUGCUGGAGAGUGGACGGAAUCAGUUAUGAAGCUAGCAUAUGAAGAUUUCGGCGUCAAGCGCUCACGCAAACUUAUGAUCUUCGUCAAUCCAUUUGGAGGGACAGGGAAAGGAGCGACCAUUUUCGCAACAAAGAUCGAGCCACUGCUCAAAACAGCAGGCUGCGUGCUUGAAGUAUUAUAUACUACACAUCGAGGACAAGCCCGUGAUGUUUCGAGCAAGCUGUCGCUGGAUUUCGACGCUGUGCUCACUGUUUCCGGAGAUGGGUUGAUUCAUGAGGUGUUGAAUGGCUUCAGCGAACAUAGCAACCCUCGAGGUGCAUUUGCAAUUCCAAUUUGCCCAAUACCGACAGGGUCAGGAAAUGGCUUGUCUCUCAAUUUGUUAGGAUAUGAGGACGGUUUCGACGUAGUUGCUGCGGCAUUAAAUGCUGUUAAGGGGAAGCCAAUGAAUGUCGAUUUGUUUUCUUUCACGCAAGGUGAAAGGAGAAGCAUCUCAUUCAUGUCCCAGGCUAUGGGCCUGAUGGCCGACCUGGACAUCGGUACGGAGCAUCUCCGUUGGAUGGGUGAUUCAAGAUUUCUUUACGGAUUUCUACGAGGGAUUAUCGCCUUCAAACCCUGUCCAGUACAGCUCUCGUAUAGGUUGGUAGAGAGUGAUAAAAACAAGAUGGCUGAAUUUGCGCACUCCAAGAGAGCAGAAACCACAACCAUUUCAUCUUCGGAGUCCCAGGUUUCCGAACUAGAAAGUAAAGUAGAAGGUGCUAUGCCUACGUUGAAGUAUCUUCCUGACGACGAGGAUGGCUGGACUACAUUUGAUAAACCCGUACUCUAUGUGUACGCUGGUAAAGGACCGUAUGUUGGACGUGAUUUCAUGGCAUUCCCCGUAUCUCUUCCCAACGACGGCCUGAUUGAUGUGGCCGCAAUGAUCAAGAGCACCAGAGGUGAUAUGAUCGCGUCCAUGGAUGGAGCACCCGAAGGCGUGGGUUACUGGCUCCCAAAUAUACACUACGCAAAAGUUCAUGCGUAUCGCAUAAAACCACUUCACCCAAAGGGAUGCUUGGCCGUAGACGGUGAAGCAUUUCCCUUUGAACCAUUCCAGGUUGAAGUUCACCAAGCGGUCAAAUUGGACGCUGUGGAAAGGCAAGGGCUAGAUGAUUGGAAAGCUUCCCCCCCAAGACAGACUUUUGUGGAUGGGCUGAACGUCGAGCAUCUUUCUGAUCUUUACAUCACACUACCAACUCGCGAUGGCAGCAAAAGGCCGUAUGAAGCCCCAGAACUGGGCGAUCCGCUGCCAUAUGGGCACCACCUCGCGUUCUUUCACGCGCGCAGGUCUGAAGAACAGCUACGCAAGGAUGGAACAGAUGAAGACAUCUCCCCUCCAGCGCCAUUCACCAAAAGGAUGUGGGCUGGUGGGAAGAUAUUGUGGAAAAACGACAAUCCUUUACUGGUGGGGAAGAGAACUAUGGGAGUCUCAACUGUUGCUGGUGCGGAGGAGAAAGGGUUUGAUAAAGGAAAACCCAUGGUAUUCAUCACUCAGAAGAUAGAAUUUACUCAGGAAGGCCAGCGAGUACCUUCUGUUGUCGAAGAAAGAGCACAUGUAUACUUCCACGCAGAAAUAUUUUCCAACAGAAAGAAAGUCUUUGAUCGCGCAGUAAACGAUAUCCCAACUACUGUUGACUUCUCAUUUGAAUAUACGCCAACGCCGAUUACAUUAUUUCGAUACUCCGCAUUGAUGUUUAAUGCACACCAUAUUCAUCUUGACAAGGAGUAUUGCGAAAAAGAGGAAGGCUAUCCUGAACGCGUGGUACAUGGACCACUCACAGCUCAAAUGCUGUUAGAGACCGUCAACAUUCAUUUCCCUGAUCUCAAGUUCCAAAAGUUCGAAUACCGUGCCACAAACCCCUUAUUCGUCAAUCGUAAAUUGACCAUAAAUGGAAAAUGGGUCGACAAGUCCAACAUCUUGGUAUGGUGCAGCGAUAUGAACGGAAUAGUCGGGAUGACCGGAAAGGUCUUGACACAGUAA